AUGAGGAGAGGCAACGUAUUGUCCGAAAAUAGUAGAACAUUGACGAAAAGUUUUCCCUGUAUAACUAAAAAUUCAACAAUCACUGCUGACAAUAAAAUUAUUCCAUAUUAUGCAUUAUUUUGCGCACCAUUUUCUCGUUCGGCUUGUCUUUUAUCUCACAUUUCGCUCUUACGUUUUUGUGAGGAGGAAGGGAAGAUGCUGAAAAACUUGAGGCUAAUCCCCUUCAUACAAGACCUGGAGGUAAAGAAUAAGAUUUUGCUCAUUCCUCUAGUGAUAACAUCACCUAAAUUAAACAAAAGCAAGAAAGUGGAAAAGUUCACAACUAUUUUAAACAUUCAUUUACCCUUUUUCACUACAUUAAUUUUCCUUAAAAAUAAGAAAUUAAAAGUUAUAUUUGGUGGCCUGUCGAAUUUUACAAAUGAAAUAGUUAAUUUAAAGUAUUGGGAUAGUAGGCGAUUUGAUGAUAAGUGCAGUAGGAUGACUUGGAUUCACUGGAUUAUAUUUGCUAAUGAGUGGGACGCUGAUAUACAAAUCAGUAGCUCAGUUCAAAAAUAUUUCCAUACAUAUACGGACGCUGAUAUGAUUAAGAGUAGUGUAUCAAUUCCCUCUUGGAUUCAAAAAGAUGGCCACUUAGGUGAGGCACACAUUUAUAAAUGUAAUAAGCUUAACUGGGAUCCACUGAGAGGGGAAUAUGUCCCUUCCCCUUCUCCUUCACCUCCUCCUUUGACUUCUUAUCCUCCUUCUCCAUCUUUUCCUUCUUCUCUUUCUUCUUUCUCACCUUCAUCACAUCCAAAAUCAUUGAUACGAUGCUGUGGAAAAAGUGACAGUAAAAUGCCUCCCUGUUUUCAUCUCCACCCUGUUCUCAAACACAAGAGUAGCUUCGCUGCAGACAAAUCAAACAAAGAGUCAAUGAAUUUCGACUUUACCUUUUUCCCACUAAAAUUCAGCAAACAAUUGAUGUGUUGCAUUUGUAUCAUCACUGCUCGUUUUAUGCGUGGAAUUAUAAUGAAUUGUAAACUGAGGUUAUUCUUUAUGAAAACCACCUUAAGAGGUCAAAAUCUGGUCGCUGGAAGAUUAGCACGUGAGGAUGCGAAGGAAGCAAGGGAAGAAGGGGAGGAAGGAACAAAAAUAUUCUUUUUGUCUUCCUCUUGCAUCCUCAAUAUUACUUGGCCUACAGGACAAAUAGUGAAGAUUUGUUCUAAAGUUGUGUCUCAGAAAUAUGAACAAGGCUACUGUAUUACCGACUCGAGUUCCAUUUGUGGAACAGUAGUAAAUGAAAAUGUUUUCUGGCAUAAUAAACAUAGGCAGCAUGCUAGAUGA